ACAUUGGCUGUAAUGGUAUUUCUGGGAAUUCUUAUGGGUUUGAUAGCUCUUAUUACAGUGCUUGGAAAUGGCUUGGUCAUCCUGGCUUUUUUGGUGAACAAAGAUCUUCGGCAUCGGAGUAAUUAUUUAUUUCUUAAUCUUGCUAUUUCAGACUUUUUAGUGGGUGCAUUCUGUAUCCCCCUGUAUAUCCCUUACAUCCUGAGAGGCAAGUGGAUAUUUGGAAGACUUCUUUGCAAACUCUGGCUAGUUGUAGACUAUCUUAUGUGCACAGCUUCAGCCUUUAGCAUCGUCCUUAUCAGCUAUGAUCGGUUCCUGUCAGUUACUAAAGCUGUGACAUAUAGGAUUCAACGGGGAACGAUGUCAACGACUAUUGUUAAGAUGGUGGCAGUCUGGGUCUUUGCAUUCUUAAUCUAUGGCCCUGCAAUCCUCAUUUGGGAACAUGUGGCCGGCGAGAGCAUCAUACCCGAUGGAGAAUGCGAUGCUGAAUUCUACUACAACUGGUACUUUCUCCUGUGUGCCUCAACCUUUGAGUUCUUCACACCUUGUAUCUCUGUGGCCUAUUUCAACAUGCACAUCUACCGGGAUAUACAAAAACGCAAGAGAAACAGGCUCCAGAGCACAGUCAGCAUCAGCAAACAGGUGUCUGUACCUCCAACAGGAAACAGUGUCUUGAUGGCUGACCAUUGCUCUUUGAAGGAAGAAGUUUCUUCUCCUGAUUCAGAAACAGAGGAGAGUCUUUCUACUACUUCCAGGACACAGGUGCAGUCACAGGUGACUGACAGUUCACAUCAGUCCAGAGGCUAUUCCAUAGCCCCUGACAAUGAGCAGUCAGUAGCCCUCAGAGAGAAGACCAGGUCAAAAUUGAACAGGGACAAAAAAAUUGCUAAGUCACUUGCCAUAAUUGUCUGUGUCUUUGCCAUUUGCUGGGCACCAUAUUCAUUACUUAUGAUAAUUCGCGGAGCCUGCUGUGGAGAGUGUGUCAACGAAAUCUUGUAUGAUAUAACAUUUUGGCUUUUGUGGCUUAAUUCCUCUGUAAAUCCUUUCCUCUACCCUCUCUGCCAUGUUAGGUUUCGGAAGGCUUUCAUGAAAAUAUUGUGCCCAAAAAGGUUUGUGAUAUAGCCACCAGCCCUAUCAGUCUCUUCUUAGAGAGCCAAACUAAAAGACUUACAACAGAAGCUCCUCCACCUUAUUUUAGUUAAGCUUGUUCUGAUCUCAUCUUCAAUAAUAUAGUAGAUAUGUUUGUUUCAUAGAUGGCAUUAGUCAAGGAUGCAAUAUGUAAAUUUGCCAAUAGUUUGAUAAUUUUCAAUGCAUUAGUUUCCUUUUCUCUUGAUAGUAUCAUGUUAAAUUCAACAGCAACUUUUGCCUGAUUGUGCACUAUUCCUUUAAUUUAUGAAUUUUAUUCACAGGCACAGAGCAGGAUCCCUUUCUUUUAUUAAUACCGUUUAUUUAA